AUGGACGUCCGCAUCUUGGAUCAAUUCAUUCCCCCGCAGUUCAAAAUGUACGAUGGCACCGGUGACCCCGAAGCACACAUCAAGUCAUUCCGGACGGGGAGCAACGCCAUCUGGUGCCGGGCGUUCUCUCUGUCCCUAGAGGGCGAGGCCUUGGAGUGGUUCAACUCCCUACCCAACGGCUCAGUGGAAAACUUCAAAGGGUUAAGCGGCAUGUUCAAUGAUCAAUUCGCCGCAUGUCGACCACAAGAUGUUACUCUGGUUGAUCUGAUGAAUCUGAAGCAAGGGAAGGAGGAGCCGCUCAGAACCUUCAUGGACCGAUUCACAAAAACAGUGCGUCGGGUCAGAGGGUUGAGCGUGGAGAUGGCCCUGCAGUAUGUGAUGCCGGCUCUCAGGCCGGGACCCUUUAAGGAGAGCAUCUGCCGAACUCCACCCAAAACCUUGGAAGAAUUACGCCAGCGGGCGGCGGAUGAGGCGAGGGUGGAGGAAAUGAAACAAAAUUAUCGAAGGGAAGCACAGGACGCGAAGGAUAAAGGUGAGGGGAAACAACAGGGUCAAUCCCAACGACCAGGCGGUGUAAAGGGGAGAGACGGCCCCCGGGUUCCUCGCUUCCCCCAAUACACUUCCCUCAACGCUCCCCGGGCUCGGAUAUUGCAGGAAGCCCUAAGCACGCACGUAAUUCGGACUCCGCAAAAACGUCCAACUCCUCCGGGAGCCGACAACAGUAAACACUGCCUGUACCAUCAGAAUAUGAGCCAUGACACCGAAGAUUGCAUGACGCUCAAGGAUCGGAUAGAGGAGCUCAUCCAAGCUGGACACUUGAAACAGUACAUAAGGGGAUACCGGAACGAAACGGCCCCUGCUGGACAUCCGCCUCCAAGGGAAAGGAGUCUAAGGCCCUUACCUGGCAGGGGUCAUAGGAACGACCGUCCGAGACAUUAG